GUGUGUUAACCAAAACAAAAAAUAAAUACAAAAAAAAUACAAAAUUCAAAAGAAUACAUUGGUUUAAAUCAAACAGCGGGCCGCCUCAUAAAACCCAAUAAAUUCAAAUUCAAAAUCCACAUGCGAAUAUUAAUACGAAGUUCACAAAUAUUUGUCAAUGAAACGCUUCGCCCAAAGUUUUCCAUCACAGCUUUAGACGCGCUCUAAGCGUCAAUAAGUGUCAAUUAAAUUAGCGCGCCAAUAUCGAGAGGGAUUUUAAAUUCAGUCGGUCGCAACAGGUGCCCCUCUGAGGUGUGUCUCCCAGUGCCACUCACCAAUCGAAAAUUCGCACUAAUUGGGCAUUAAAGUGAAAUUGAAGCACAGUCGAAAACAACAGAUAACAAAUUAUAUUGCCUAUCUGGCUGCUGGUGUAUUGAUUGAGUGCAUAAAUUUGGUCAACAGUGUUGUGUGUUAUAAUUGUGUGCAGGAAACUCCUUUGGACAACUUUACAAACUUUAAUACGAAUUUGCAACAACAAAUGGCUCGGGCGCACAGAGGAUAAGGGACCAAGGACACCAGACAGAGGAGAAGACCGUUGGGAAACACACACACGCGGCGAGCAUGGCGUAUGAGCAACGUGCAACUGCAACAUGUGCUAUUUCUGUUUGUUUGUCGUGCAAUUCGCGUCAAUUAGGAAAUUCACGCAUCAAAACACAACAUAAUUGAAUCUGUAUGCGAUUCCCAAUUUAAUUAAUUAGUCAAUUCGGUGACUCAACCCUGAACUCGGAACCCAAUCCACCCACCCUACCCGCACCAGUUUGCCAGCGCUACCAACAUGUCCGAGUUUCGAUUCUUUUCGUACACCGACUUUGCAUUCACCACAAAUCGGUCGCAGAAUCUGAUUAAUCUGCCGAUAACACCGUAUUAUGCCGCACCCAACACUAAGGAGCCGGAGAUCGAGCUGAACAUUCCGUAUACCGUGUUCGAGGUGCUCGUUGCCAUCGUUAGCAUCAUUGGCAACCUGAUGGUCAUCAUUGUGUUCCAAAGGGAGCGCAAGCUGCGUCGUCGUACCAAUUACUACAUCGUCUCCCUGGCCAUGGCCGAUUUCCUGGUGGGUUUACUGGGUGUUCCAUUUGCCGUACUGGCCUCGGUGGGAUUGCCAAAGAAUCUGCACGCCUGCCUUUUCACUGUCUCGCUGCUGGUGGUGCUCUGCACCAUAUCUAUAUUCUGCCUGGUCGCCGUCUCCGUGGAUCGCUACUGGGCUAUCCUUUAUCCGAUGGCCUAUUCCCGUAAUGUUCGCACCCGCACAGCAAUUGUCAUCAUAUCCGUGUGCUGGGUGGCCGGCGUCAUUGUGGGCUUUCUGCCCCUCAUGGGCUGGCAUGCGAAUGUGCCCCACGAUCAGGAGUGCCUCUUCGUCGAGGUGAUGGACUACGACUAUCUGGUGUUCCUCUACUUUGCCACCAUCAUCACGCCAGCGCUUCUCAUGCUCGGCUUCUACACGCACAUCUAUCGCGUGAUCAUCAAACAGGUGCGUCAGAUCGUGACCAUGAAUCCCGCCUCGGAUCUGAGCCGGCGCUCUUCCACAGCCCAGAUGCAGGUGACGACACCAGGUCGGCCCGGUCACACGGGCACCAUGCUGCGGGUGUUGGGUGCGGCACGGAAGCGGGAUGUGAAGGCCACACAGAACUUGUCGAUUAUCGUGCUGUUCUUUAUGAUCUGCUGGAUACCUCUGUAUACGAUCAACUGCAUCAAGGCCUUCUGUCCGGAUUGCUAUGUGCAUCCGAAGCUUACGCUCUUCUGCAUCAUACUCUCGCACCUCAACUCGGCAGUGAAUCCCGUACUCUAUGCCUAUCACCUCAAGGACUUUCGCUUGGCACUGAAGAACCUCAUGCUGAAGCUGAUGGGCGUUGACAUCGAUCAGCAGGCGGAUGCCAUACAUCGCUUCUCGGUGGCCAGCCAGCAUCGUCUCCAAUCGAUGGACUCCACAAUGCGCAACAACACCCAACCGCGCAUGUAUGUGGGUGAGUAUUCGCCCAUUUGGCUGCGCCAGCAGCAGGAGGCGCUGAAGAACUCACAGCUGCUGCCCAAGUGCGGUGUCCUCAGUCCGUGUGUGAACAGCAUCAAUCAGACUGUGGCCGCCGCCGUUACCGUCAGCACGGACAUUGAGCGCGACAUGUGGAACAUAAUGGAGGCGUCCAGUGGUGCAGAGCUGGGCGAGAUUAGCUACGAGUUUCCCAGUGUCAAACAGGAGAGCGAUCACGACAGCAGCAUCUCAAUCUCGGUGCCAGCGACAGCGCAGCCAGCUGCACAACUGGCAGCGCAACAGCAGCGCUGCGACAGCGUUUAUUCGUAUGAUAACCACAACUACUCCACUGGUCCGGAGGAUGGCAUCAGUCUGCCCGACGAUCUCGAGUAUGAGGAUGUGUUUGUGCCGCCAAACGGGAUCAACAGCAAUCACCAGGGCAUCGAUCCUGUGGAGCUGCGCAAAUCUUUGGCCUAUGUGAUGCGCGAGAAAUUGCGCUCCGACACCGACACCGAAUAUUACAGCCAGCAGCAGGUGCUCCAGGAUCCCACGUGUACUGAGUUCCAGCCCAACUCGAAGCUGGAGCGUCAGAGACCCAGCUCCACAAGAACUUCCCCCAGCAAUGGCUCGUUGCCGGCACAGCUGCGCUCCAAGCUGCUCGCCGGCAACUCAAGUAGCGAUCACUGCCUGCCCAUGCCCGGAACAGGUGCCUCCACCGGUGCCGUCUAUGUCAUCGAAAGUGCCACCAAUCCUCUGUCGCCGGGCUACAAGCCUAAGUAUCGCAAGUCAACGGCUCUAACGCGCAACUCGCGAAAGAAGAGCCGCUCCUGCUCCUGCACCAAUGAUCCCAAGCUGGCAGAGGAAACGACUGCCAACUCAUUGGGUCAACAUAGUAAUAAUCUCAGCAUUAGACAGCCGGAGCAGCCAACGCAGCCAAGCCAUGAGAACUUCUUUAGUCCCCUCAAAACGGUGGGCAGUUUUAUGCAGCAUUCCAAUCUCUUCAAUCUCUUCCAGCCGCACACAGCGACGACGACGGCCACAACAACGACGGCAACGGCAGCGAGUCUUACGUCUGCUCCAGUAUCCGUUCCCGUGCUUGUUCCCACCUCUCGACUGACCGUGGAGCCGUUGACCUCGACGUCAGUCUCGUCCUCGUCGUCCUUAGCCGCUGCCAGUGGGGAGAGUUGACCAAUCGUUGAUGCUCCUCAAGCGGCGGGCAAACUCUAGGCAAAUACUCGCAAAUCAAAGCUUUUAGUUUAAGAUCUGACAGUGUUAUGGGAAUGCGUUCGUUCAAGAUCCUAAAGAUCCCACAGUUCCAGUCGAUUUAGUGAAUUAUGCGCAUUUAUUUUCGACGUAACUAUCUUUAUUGUAUAUUAGUUUAAUUGUUUGAGCUAAUGUUAAAUGUUAAGCUUAAAGUCAAUUUAAGUUAAUUACCACAAUGUGCAUACUCUUAUUUUUAUACAUAUUGUACCAUAGAAUACAUGUCAACGUAUGUGUUUAGCAUUGUUUAGGAAUUUCGAUGUUAUAUAAACCAUAAACAUAUGCAUGUGUGUUUAUCUAAGUAUAUCUUGGAACGUCUGUGACAAUUAUUUUAUAUGUGUAAAUUAAAUGUAUAGUUGAGGAUCAAAUAAAAUAUGAAUAUACACAUACAUACAUACAAGCAUAUAUAAUAUACCAACAUGAAACCAA